AUGAAUGGUCUGGAUCUGCUUCAAACAGUUGGAUAGAGUAUCAACUCAAGAUUCUUGAAAGAGCAAUAGGAUUUAGUAGAGAGACAACAAAGAAUAGCAGAUCGUCAAAAGGAUUAAGAUAAAAAAGCUGAGGGUAAACUUAGCAUUUUGCUUGAUUAGAAGGAAUAAUAACUAAGACAAUUGAAAGAAAUGUAGGAAUAAGAAGCGAUAAAUUUGGAGGAAUUAAAGCACUCAAGAUAAAAUUAGGUUAAUAAUUUGCAAAGAUAAAAUGAAGCUGCAUUAUAAGAAAAAGACAUUCAAUAUAAAGAAUUAAAGCAACAAGGCUCCAAAAGAUUUGGAAGAAAUGGAUUUGAAGCUGGAAAAAGUAAUAGCAGAGAUAAAUUAAAACCAAGAGAAGUUUAAAAAUGGAAGCCUCAAUCUUGCAGAAAAUAAGCAUGA